GCGCGCCUUCCCUCCUGCGCUCGCCAGCCUUUCCUGCCUCUUAGAACCUUCCUGCGGUCGUGGUCGCAUCUCGCUGCUGCAUCCUCCGGGGCCACGUUCCAUCCUUUCAGCCUGAGACCAGCCCAGAAAGAAAAAUAAUUAUCUUUUCUUGCUCGGUACCUAUCUUAAAGCCAUGAGGGAAAUCGUGCACAUCCAGGCCGGACAGUGUGGCAACCAGAUCGGUGCUAAGUUCUGGGAGGUGAUAAGCGAUGAACACGGCAUCGACCCCACCGGUACCUACCACGGAGACAGCGACCUGCAGCUGGACCGAAUCUCCGUCUACUACAAUGAAGCCACAGGUGGCAAGUAUGUCCCUCGAGCUAUCUUGGUGGAUCUAGAACCCGGGACCAUGGACUCCGUUCGAUCAGGUCCUUUUGGCCAGAUCUUCAGACCAGACAACUUUGUUUUUGGUCAGUCUGGGGCAGGCAACAACUGGGCUAAGGGUCACUACACAGAGGGAGCUGAGCUGGUCGACUCCGUUCUGGAUGUGGUGCGGAAGGAGGCAGAGAGCUGUGACUGCCUGCAGGGCUUUCAGCUGACCCACUCUCUGGGUGGAGGCACGGGCUCUGGCAUGGGCACCCUGCUCAUCAGCAAGAUCCGAGAAGAGUACCCUGACCGGAUCAUGAACACCUUCAGUGUGGUACCUUCACCCAAAGUGUCCGACACCGUGGUCGAGCCCUACAACGCCACCCUCUCCGUCCAUCAGCUGGUCGAAAACACUGAUGAGACCUACUGCAUUGACAACGAGGCCCUCUAUGACAUCUGCUUCCGUACCCUCAAGCUCACCACGCCAACCUACGGAGACCUAAACCACCUCGUCUCCGCCACCAUGAGCGGUGUCACCACCUGCCUCCGCUUCCCGGGCCAGCUCAAUGCUGACCUCCGAAAGUUGGCCGUCAACAUGGUGCCCUUCCCGCGUCUUCACUUCUUCAUGCCCGGCUUUGCCCCGCUCACCAGCCGUGGAAGCCAGCAGUACCGGGCCCUCACUGUGCCUGAACUUACCCAGCAGGUCUUCGAUGCCAAGAAUAUGAUGGCUGCUUGCGACCCCCGCCACGGCCGAUACCUCACCGUUGCAGCUGUCUUCCGCGGGAGGAUGUCCAUGAAGGAGGUAGAUGAGCAAAUGCUCAACGUGCAGAAUAAGAAUAGCAGCUACUUUGUGGAAUGGAUCCCCAACAAUGUCAAGACGGCGGUCUGUGACAUCCCACCCCGCGGCCUCAAGAUGGCAGUCACCUUCAUCGGAAACAGCACGGCCAUCCAGGAGCUCUUCAAGCGCAUCUCGGAGCAGUUCACAGCCAUGUUCCGCCGGAAGGCUUUCCUCCACUGGUACACAGGUGAGGGCAUGGACGAGAUGGAGUUCACCGAAGCCGAGAGCAACAUGAAUGACCUCGUCUCCGAGUACCAGCAGUACCAGGAUGCCACUGCGGAAGAGGAGGAGGAUUUCGGGGAGGAGGCAGAAGAAGAGGCCUAAGGCAGAGAGCCCCGCAUCACCUCAGGCUGCUUGCUUCCCUCAGCUUUCUUCAGCUGCCCAUUUUUCUCCUUCAGAGUUUUCUUUCUGCUGCCUCUGUCCUGUUUUUUCGUUUUUUUUUCACUGGGGCGGGUGGGGGGAAGUGAACGGUGCCUGGCACACAGUAGGCGCUCAAUAAAUAUUUGUUUGUGGAAUGUCUCCUUUCUCUUUUUCCACUCUGACAAACCUACACUUCUGCCAUUCUGAGUGUUGCCCUGUUUUCCUUCUGGUACCCAUUUCUCAUGACUGUCAAUGUUUCCAUUAUAUUCCCCAGGAACCUGAUUUCUGCUCCAGAGUCCGCCUAGAACAAGUCCAUUACUAAAGACCCAGAUAGUGGCCACCAUCCUAAAGCUAAGGAGAUCAGGAAGGGAAGGGUGCCAGGUUGAGGUCACUGGGAAGAGAGGGGCGGGUUUUCCAGUCAAGGCCAUUUCCACAGGGGAAUCCACUGAGGCUUUUUCAAUUGACAGGUUUUUCUCUGCCUCAUCUCUCAGCCUCAGGGGAAGGAUUAACAGUAUUAUCUCCAUUUAUAACCUCCAGCUGUCCUGAGCCAAAUCUGCCGUUGGAGGUGUCUUCCCUGUAUUCCUUCUUUCUCUAAGGUGGGAGUGGAGCAGAGCCUUGGUCUCUGGCUGUCCAGAAACCGCCCCGUCCAUUGACCUCCAAAUCUGGAAAGGUGUGCUGCCACCGGGGUGUCUGGGACCUGUCUCUGCUUCUGCCGUUUUCUUCCUGGUUUGGUCCUACCCUUCUUUUUUGUGUUGAACUUGGCUGCUUUUUUUUUUCAUAUUGAAAAGAUGACAUUGCCCCAAGAACCGACAAAUAAAUGGGAGUUGGAAAAAAGG